CGGCCCCUGACCCCUCAACCAAUCACCUCGCUGCGUCCCAAUUGAAUAGUGGUGAACUCUGGGCCCGCCGCUGUUUGCACAGUGGAACAGCUGUGUUCAAACAGUGACCCGAACACGGUCCGCACGGUCGUUAGGGGAGCCUCGUUAGACAACAGGACCCUCCGACGCCUCACCAUGCCGCUGGCCCGAUCCUUCUCCAUGACCUCCCUGAGCGGGGUGCUGCCCCAGUGGGACGAGGAGGACCUCCCCGUGGACGACCUGCUGCUCUUCGAGGUCGCCUGGGAGGUCACCAACAAAGUGGGGGGCAUCUACACGGUGAUCCAGACCAAGGCCAAGAUCACGGUGGACGAGUGGGGGGAGAACUACUUCAUGAUGGGGCCGUACUACGAGCACAACUUCCAGACCCAGGUGGAGGCGUGCGAGGCCCCGCUCCCCGCCAUCAGGGGCGCCAUGGACGCGCUCAUCAGCAACGGCUGCCAGGUGUUCUUCGGCCGCUGGCUGAUCGAGGGCAGCCCCUACGUGCUUCUGUUCGACGUGGGCGGGGCCUCCGGGAACCUGGACCGCUGGAAGGGUGACCUCUGGGACUCCUGCAACAUCGGCCUGCCCUCCCAGGACCACGAGGCGGGCGACGCCCUGAUCCUGGGCUCCCUGGUCGCCUGGUUCUUCAAAGAGCUGACGGAUCGCCUUGGCGACGCCCCCAACGUCAUCGCUCACUUCCACGAGUGGCAGGCGGGCGCCGGGCUCAUCCUGUCCCGCGCCCGCAAGAUCCCCAUGGCGACGGUGUUCACCACGCACGCCACCCUGCUGGGGCGCUACCUCUGCGCCGGGAACGUGGACUUUUACAACAACCUGGGCAAGUUUGACAUCGACCGGGAGGCGGGCGAGAGGCAGAUCUACCACCGCUACUGCCUGGAGCGGGCGGCGGUGCACUGCGCCCACGUCUUCACCACCGUGUCCCAGAUCACGGCCGUGGAGGCCCAGCACAUCCUGCAGAGGAAGCCAGACGUGAUCACCCCCAACGGGCUGAACGUGAAGAAGUUCUCUGCCAUGCACGAGUUCCAGAACAUGCACUGCAGCAGCAAGGCCCGCAUCCAGGAGUUUGUCAGGGGACACUUCUACGGACAUCUGGACUUCAACCUGGAGAAGACGCUGUACUUCUUCAUCGCCGGCCGUUACGAGUUCUCCAACAAGGGAGCGGAUCUUUUCCUGGAGGCUCUCUCAAGACUCAACUACCUGCUCAGAGUCCAUAAGGAAGAUGUCACCGUUGUGGUGUUCUUCAUCAUGCCCGCUAAAACAAACAACUUCAAUGUGGAGUCCCUGAAGGGACAAGCCAUACGCAAACAGCUUUGGGACACGGCCCAAGGCAUGAAGGAGAAGUUUGGGAAGCGUCUGUACGAGGCUCUGCUGAAGGGGGAAAUCCCAGAGAUGAACAACAUCCUGGACCGCGAUGACUUCAGCGUCAUGAAGAGAGCCAUCUAUGCCACUCAGAGACACACCCUGCCCCCCGUGACGACUCACAACAUGCUGGACGACGCCACCGACCCCAUCCUGGCCAACGUGAGGCGCAUCGGCCUCUUCAACGCCAGGAGCGACCGCGUCAAGAUCGUGUUCCACCCUGAGUUCCUGUCCUCCACCAGCCCCCUGCUCCCCAUGGACUACGAGGAGUUUGUACGCGGCUGCAACCUCGGAGUGUUCCCGUCCUACUACGAGCCCUGGGGCUACACACCUGGGGAGUGCACUGUGAUGGGGAUCCCCAGUGUGACCACCAACCUGUCGGGGUUCGGCUGCUUCAUGGAGGAACACGUGUCAGACCCAGCAGCAUAUGGUAUCUAUGUGGUGGACCGGCGGUUCCGCUCGGCCCAUGAGUCGUGCAGUCAGCUGACUCAGUUCAUGUUCGGCUUCUGCCAGCAGUCGCGGCGCCAGCGCAUCAUCCAGAGGAACCGCACCGAGCGGCUGUCGGACCUGCUGGACUGGAGGUUCCUGGGCAGGUUCUACGUCCACGCCCGCCUCCUGGCCCUCAGCCGGGCGUUUCCUGACAAGUACGAGAUGGACCCCAUGGCGCCCCCGAAGGCCGAGGGGUUCCGGUACCCGCGGCCCUACUCCGUGCCCCCCUCCCCCUCCGCCUCCCUCCACUCCACCCCCCACCACAGCGACGCCGAGGAUGACGACGACGAAGACGAGCCCUACGACGAAGACGAGGAGGCGGAGCGGGACCGCAUGAACAUCAAGACGCCCUUCGUACUGGGGGGGGUCCCGGGGGGCCGGAGGAGGUCGCAGCUCGUGGAGGACGAGGACGAGGACUAGACCGGGGAGGGGGGGGGACUAGACCGGACCCGGGGGGGG